GACCUCAGGAGCGUAACCAAACACUUUCCCUGCCUUCAACCGUUUCAACACUAGCAAAGAACUCUGAAGAUCCAAGAACCCUAAAAUGCAAUGCCAAACCCAGUUCAGUAAUCAGUUCGUUGAAGCAACGAAUCCCUAGAUUACGGAAUUGAAAUCAAUGGACGUUGAUGGCAAAUCCUCCUCCAACGGUGAAGAAGAGAAGAAGAAUGCAGUGGUGGUGAUUCUGGUGGGUGCGCCCGGCAGUGGCAAGUCCACCUUCUGCGACCACGUCAAGCGGGUCUCGACCCGACCCUGGGUCCGUAUCUGUCAGGACACAAUUGGUAAUGGUAAAGCUGGGACAAAAACACAGUGCCUUACAAGUGCAGCAGCUGCAUUGAAAGAUGGUAAAAGUGUAUUCAUUGAUAGAUGCAAUCUUGAUAGAGAACAGCGUGCAGACUUCGUGAAGCUUGGCAAUCCCCAAGUAGAUAUGCAUGCUGUGGUACUUGAUCUUCCUGCCAAGCUUUGCAUAUCUCGCUCUGUAAAGCGGGAGGGGCACGAAGGAAAUUUGCAAGGUGGAAAAGCUGCUGCUGUUGUGAAUAGAAUGCUGCAAAAGAAGGAGUUGCCUAAAUUGAGCGAAGGGUUUUCUAGGAUCACAUUUUGCCAAAGUGAAAGUGAUGUUCAAGCUGCUAUUGAUACAUAUAGUGCGCUUGGUCCGCAGAAUACCCUUCCAUCUGGGAGUUUCGGCCAGAAGAACCCAGAUGCCAAAGUUCAACUUGGUAUAAUGAAGUUCCUUAAAAAAGUAGACUCCCCUGUUAAUGCAGUUUCUAAAGGAGAUAGCUUGAAAGAUUCUGUUACCACUGAUAAGGAAAAUGAUUCCUCCUCUAUAGGACGAGAGGAGAUAAAAGGAGUUGAAGAGGUAAAAGGAGGUGAAGAUCUGGCAUUCAGUUCUCUCAAAAGCACUUCUUCUUUUGACAAUGUUCCAACUUUGGCAUUUCCAUCCAUUUCAACAGCCGAUUUUCAGUUUGACCUUGAGAAGGCAUCCGAUAUUAUUGUUGAGAAAGUUUUGGAGUUUGUGUCUAAGCUUGGCAAUGCUAGGUUUGUUUUGGUAGACUUGUCCUCUGGAUCAAAGAUAUUGUCCUUGGUUAGGGCUAAAGCUGGAGAAAAGAACAUAGAUUCUGGAAAAUUCCUGACAUUUGUGGGAGAUAUUACUCGGCUCUACUCAGGAGGUGGUUUACGCUGCAAUGUAGUAGCUAAUGCUGCUAACUGGCGGUUGAAGCCUGGGGGUGGAGGUGUGAAUGCUGCUAUAUUUAGUGCAGCAGGUACCUCCCUAGAGACUGCAACUAUGGAACGAGCUGGAUCACUUGCUCCUGGAAAAGCUGUGGUUGUGCCUCUUCCAUCAACUUCUCCCUUAUUUUGUAGAGAAGGUGUUACCCAUGUCAUACAUGUUCUUGGACCAAAUAUGAACCCCAAAAGACCAAACUUUCUCAACAAAGACUAUAAAAAAGGUUGUGAAGUUCUUCGUGAGGCUUACUCGGCGCUUUUUGAAGGUUUUGCUUCUAUAGUCAAGUCCCAAGAAACAUUCUUUAAGGAACCAACUGGGAAACUUGAGUCCGUUCAGUUAGUGUCUCUAGUUGACUUCAACAUACCUCGUAAGAAUCAAUUUUCAAAUGCUGAUCAGAAGGUCAAGAGAGAGGAUGUCUAUGAAUCCGAGAGAAACAAAAAGUACAAGGGAUUACAUGGAGAACAUUGUUCCAAGACUGGUGCUACCAACGGUAAUGACGAUGCCCAAAAUGAAAAGAACGGAAGUAUGUCUAAGGCCUGGGUUGCAUGGGCUCAAUCUCUUUAUCGCAUUGCCACUAAUCCUGAGAAGCAUAAGAAUGAUGUGAUGGAGAUAUCGGACGAUAUUGUUGUAGUAAAUGAUCUUUAUCCAAAAGCAAAAAGGCACCUAUUGGUGCUGGCACGUUACGAAGGUCUUGACCGACUUGCAGAUGUGAGGAAAGAAAACCUUCAGUUGCUAAGGACAAUGCAUGAUGUGGGCUUGAAGUGGGCUGAGAAGUACUUAAGUGAAGAUAAAACGUUAAUUUUCCGCUUAGGAUAUCAUUCGGCCCCAUCAAUGCGACAAUUGCACCUUCACAUAAUCAGUCAGGACUACGAUUCAAAGCAUCUCAAGAAUAAGAAGCACUGGAACUCCUUUAAUAGUGCCUUCUUCCGUGAUUCUGUCGAUGUAAUGGAGGAAAUCGACAAGUUUGGACGAGCCACAUUGAAAGAUGAAGACAUUUUGUUGAUGGAGUUGCGUUGCCACCGAUGUAGAAGCGCACACCCUAACAUUCCCCGGCUCAAAUCGCAUAUUGGCAAUUGCCGCGCUCAGUUUCCUGCUCCUCUGCUCCAAAAUGGUCGUCUUUUGUUUGCUACAGAUAGAGAUGGAACCAAUCAGUAGGUUGAUAAAUCUUUUCUUCAACAUCCAACGAGGGUCAGGUGAAAUCCUUGUAUGUCCUCAACCAUGUAAAUGUCAACUUUUUGUGGGAAGGCAAUGCUUUUUAAUCUCUAA